AUGCCAAAGGCGUCACACAAAAAGCGUAAUGGCGCCUCUAAGGCUGGCCCUUAUGCCCAAGCUGCAGCCAAAACAAGCGCUGCGAACAGCAUAUUUCGUAUGAAUACUGAUAUUGGUCAGCACGUUCUAAAGAAUCCAGGUGUUGCCCAGGCCAUAGUCGACAAAGCCGACUUAAAGCAGAGUGAUGUCGUCCUGGAAGUCGGUCCUGGAUCCGGAAAUCUUACGGUUAAGAUCUUAGAAAAAGCUAAGAAGGUUAUCGCAGUGGAGUUGGACCCUAGAAUGGCGGCAGAGGUUACGAAGCGAGUCCAAGGAAAACCAGAGCAGAAACGAUUGGAGGUUUUACUUGGAGAUGUGAUAAAGACCGAUCUACCAUAUUUUGACGUUUGCAUUAGCAACACUCCGUAUCAGAUAUCUUCUCCCCUCACCUUUAAGCUCCUUGCAACCACGCCCGCGCCUCGGGUUUGCAUUCUCAUGUUUCAGCGAGAAUUCGCAAUGCGCCUAUUCGCGAAACCUGGGGAUAAGCUUUACAGUCGAUUGUCCGUCAACGCCCAGAUGUGGGCUAAAAUCGACCAUAUUAUGAAAGUUGGGAAGAAUAACUUCAAGCCCCCCCCAGCUGUUGAGUCAAGCGUUGUUCGAAUUGUUCCGAAAACUCCACGACCGGACAUUAGCUACGACGAAUGGGAUGGCUUGCUGCGAAUCGCGUUUGUAAGGAAGAAUAAGACACUUCGAUCAAGCUUUCUUGGUACAUCAAGCGUUUUGAGUAUGCUAGAAAGCAAUUACACAACUUGGUGUGCGCAGAAUGACAUUCCUGUCGAGGUCGGACCGGACGAUGACGUCGAAGACGAAGGUAUGGACAUAGAGUAUGGUCAAGAGAAUGAUGGCUUUGACGAGCUUAUGGAUGUCGAUGAUGAAGGCGACAUUCCAGACUUCUUCAAAGAUAAGCCAGAUCCAACGACGCAAGUCCCCAAAACAAAACCGACCAAGAAACACGGGAAAGUAGCGAAACUGGUUCGCGGAAAGGUUCGACAAGUACUCGAAGACGAUACAGGGCUUGCAGAUAAGCGAGCAAGAAUGUGUGAUGAAGGUGAUUUUCUAAAGCUUCUAUGGUCAUUCAACCAGAGGGGUAUCCAUUUCAACUGAGUGCGU